UCUGAUACAGGGUCUGGGAAUGCAAGCAGACCUGGAUAACUAGCUGACCUCCACAUGGACACACACACACUUGACGUGAGAAGAGACAAAUGUUUUGAGGGAUUAAUGUGGAUCCUCAUCUGAGUCAGGGGAGUUGUUGAGACAGGACAGCAGCAGAAAGACCAUGCUUGUGUCACCGGCCGUCUGUGCCCCCCCUGCCCGGCCAGGGGCCUGGGACUGCACUGGACUGUACAUGGGUGAACAGACCAACAGUCUGUUGUUUUUGGGGGUGGGGAGAGAUGAGUGAUGAGUGAAUAUUUAACUCUCUCGUGGGGGGAAACUGGGUUUAUCUGUGUACACACGGAGGGGUGAAGGACCUGGGGCGAUCGACAGACAGGAGAGCGGACACACACACACUGACGGACGUGGAAAGGGGAACAUCCCGCCGAGAAAGGUAGAAAGGGCGAGCGAGAGAGUAAAUCAGAGGGAAGAAGAGAGAGAGGAGGAACAUUAAAGAGAGAGAAAAAUACAAUUUGGAGAAUUUAGAGAGAAACAAAGACGUAAAAGAGGAUUACAUCGGAACGUUUGACCGAGGAGAACAAACGGGGCCAGCGAGAGGUGUGUGUGUGCGAGUGAGAGGACCACACAGCCGCACAAACUGGGCUCGCACGCCCUCACGUCAACAAGGAGAGAAAAAGCCAAGCCACCUUCGUGAAAGAAAAACCGCCUCGACCUUCCGACCUCCAUCAUGGCGUCCUUGGCCCUGGAGCUCAUGGGCUUCUUCCUGGGUCUACUGGGCAUGCUCGGGACGCUGGUUGCCACGGUGCUGCCCUAUUGGCGGACGUCGGCGCACAUCGGCUCCAACAUCGUCACGGCCGUGGGAAACAUGAAGGGCCUAUGGAUGGAGUGCGUGUACCAGAGCACCGGAACCUUCCAGUGCGAGACCUAUAACUCCAUGCUGGCGCUGCCCUCCGACCUGCAGGCGUCGCGCGCCCUCAUGGUCAUGUCCGUGGUCCUCUCCGUCCUCGCCGUCGCCACGACGACCCUGGGGAUGCAGUGCACCGUGUGCCUGGAGGGUUCUGGCGCCAAGACCCGCGUGGCGGGGUGCGGGGGCGUGCUGUUCCUCGCCGCGGGCUUCCUGGCGCUCAUCCCCGUGUCGUGGACGACCCACGAGGUGGUGCAGACCUUCUACCAGCCCGGCCUGCCCGCCAGCAUGAAGUUCGAGCUGGGGGAGAGCCUGUACAUCGGCCUGGCGUCCGCUCUGCUCUCCAUGCUGGGCGGCGGGCUGCUCUGCGUGUCCUUCUGCGACGAGCGGGACGUCGGCCUGGGGGCGAGGAGGCACGGGGGAGGGUACCCCUACCCCACCACGGCCAUGGGGCCCUCGGCCCACGCCCGCACCAGCUCCCAGACCUACCGCAACCCCACCCUCCAGAUGGGGGCGAAGGCCGGGGGUGUGAAGGAGGUGAUGCUGGCUAGGAGCCACACUGGCAGCUCCAGUGCCCGGUCAGGCGGACACGCCCAGGACGGCAAGAUGAACCCCAGGCAGAACCCGGCAGCCGGCUACGACGUCACGGGCUACGUCUGACAUCAUCGUCUCCCCCCGCCCACCCCGCCCUUACCCCCCUCGCCCUCACGAAACAUGACUCUGUGUCGCCACAACUGUCUGGUCCUGUUUUGGUGAAGAGGAUUUAAUCACUGUAAGGUUUCGAGAAGCUAGAAUCCAGGGGCAGACAGAAAUGUGUGGGCGUUUUGUUUUAUUUUUCACCGCAGGAAGUUAACGGGUUCAGGAGUGAGGCCACUCAUUCUGGUUCAGGGGGUGCAAGUUUACCUGAAGUGGUGUUCAUAUAGUUGAGAAGGUUGUGAAAACCUGUUUCAUGUUUAUUUCUGUGCCCUUUAGAAGCUUACGACCCACAUCCACACACACACAUACCCACACACAUUCUCCAGUGACCUUGCAGUGAUGGUCACAUCUGCAGUGGAAUACUAACAAGAGUGAGUCAGUCACCCAAGGUCAGAGGUCAAACUCCAUGACUGUUAUAUCUCUGUCUUUUAGUGACCGCAUGCUGAAUGUUCAUAAAACACUUAAUAAUGCAUUUAAUUUCGUUAUUUCCAAUGUAUUUUUAGUAAAAAGUAUCCAAUGAUUUAAUUUGCAUUAAUUAACAGUUAAACACAGAUUAUUUUUUACUUUCCUGCUUGCCUGAAUGAGAUUUUCCUUAUAUUACUGUGCGAUAAGAGCGUCAAAAUGAGCGGCUGAGUGAUUUGCUGAAAUAUAAAAAAAAAACCUGCCUUUUGAAUUAAAAACUAUGUACUGUC